AUGCCCAAGUUUGCUCCUGUGAGGCUGAUGCACCUAAUGCGAAGACCAUCCACAGUUGAGAUUCGCUACAACGAUGACAUCGUACACCUUCCUGAACUGCCGCCCGAGCAACUGGCUCUCGCGGCCAUGCUCGAAGCUUCGUGGCGCGACCUGUGCAGCUCUGAGCGACCUGCGCCGCUGAGAAUCCGAGUGCUCUCUCCGGAGGUGAUCAUGCAUGGCAUGAACUACUUCUGGCGAGCCGCUUCGGAUCGGCCGAAACCCAGCUUCGUCCAUGCCAACGGAGUGGACGAAAAGAUCUACUUUUUGAGAGACAGGCGUCUUUGGUUUGUGGAUGAUUGGAGGAAAAGGUUCCCCUCCGAGCGUUUUCUGCAGUAUGAUCAUCCGCGUGGGCAAGACCUCGCAGGUGACUUCAAGGUCUUGUUAGCCGCGCUUGAACUGGCUAAGGCCUUGAAGCGCCGCUUGGUGCUUCCCAGGACGAUGAGAUGUUCCAACUCCCCAGCCCAUGCUGCCUACCAUCUGCAUUUGGAGGACUGCACCGUGGACCACUUUGCAUCCGCCAAGAUCUUGCUUCGCUACUACAACGAGAGCAUCGUUGAGUCCUCCUUGCCCGAGGACCCGAGGUUCAAAGCUUUGAUGUCCUGGAGACUGAAGCGAGUUGAUGAUGUCAAUGAUUUGUUGGAGGAUGUGAGGGCACGAUCUGCACCCAUUCUCAUCUUGGAGGUGAAUGUCACCGAUGUGCGCAAUCGAGUGCUGUCAAGUUUGCAAGGGUCUCCGGGAUCACUGUGGAAACCACCUUGCAAGUUUGCCUACUGGCCAGGGCGUCAAAUGGCUUGCAGAGAUGAGGCCUUUCUCCGAAGUGGAAAGGUGGCCUGCAAACCCUUUGAUGGCCAGCAGGCCUGUGGAAUCAAAGGCUUUUCCUGCUGCGAGGUCUUCCACGGCUGGGCGGAGAAGCUGGAGAUCUUCACUGGUCGAGCAUGGGACCUGCCGUGCAAUUGUGGCGUCUCGGUGGAGAACGACCUGCCGCACCAUCGACGAUGGACCCUACGACACAGCGCGACAGCGGGCGGUGAAGCAUAA